AGUAAUGACCAACUCAAAAAGAUUGACAAGUAUCUCUAUGCCAUGCGGCUCUCUGAUGAAACUCUCUUAGACAUCAUGACUCGUUUCAAAAAGGAGAUGAAGAAUGGCCUCUCCCGGGAUUUUAAUCCAACAGCCACAGUCAAGAUGUUGCCAACGUUUGUGAGGUCCAUUCCCGAUGGUUCAGAAAAGGGAGAUUUCAUUGCCCUGGAUCUUGGAGGAUCUUCCUUUCGAAUUCUGCGGGUGCAAGUGAAUCAUGAGCAAAACCAGAAUGUUCACAUGGAGUCUGAGAUUUACGACACCCCGGAGAGCAUCAUGCAUGGCAGUGGAAGCCAGCUUUUUGAUCAUGUCGCUGACUGCCUGGGAGACUUCAUGGAGAAAAAAAUCAAGGACAAGAAAUUACCUGUGGGAUUCACAUUCUCUUUCCCUUGUCGGCAAUCCAAAAUAGAUGAGGCCAUCCUGAUCACCUGGACAAAGAGAUUUAAAGCGAGUGGAGUGGAGGGAACAGAUGUAGUGAAGCUGCUUGAAAAAGCCAUCAAAAAGCGAGGGGAUUAUGAUGCUAACAUUGUGGCUGUGGUGAAUGACACGGUGGGGACCAUGAUGACCUGUGGCUAUGAUGACCAGCACUGUGAAGUCGGCCUUAUCAUUGGCACCGGCACCAACGCGUGCUACAUGGAGGAACUGAGGCACAUUGACCUGGUGGAAGGCGACGAGGGGAGGAUGUGCAUCAACACUGAGUGGGGGGCCUUCGGGGACGACGGGGCUCUAGAGGACAUCCGCACUGAGUUUGACCGGGAGAUAGACCGGGGAUCGCUCAACCCCGGAAAGCAGCUGUUUGAGAAGAUGGUCAGUGGCAUGUACAUGGGCGAGCUGGUCCGACUGAUCCUGGUCAAGAUGGCCAAGGAGGGCCUCUUAUUUGAAGGGCGGAUCACCCCGGAGCUGCUCACCAGAGGGAAGUUUAACACCAGUGAUGUGUCAGCCAUCGAAAAGAAUAAGGAAGGCCUCCACAAUGCCAAAGAAAUCCUGACGCGCCUGGGAGUGGAGCCAUCUGAUGAUGACUGUAUCGCAGUGCAGCACGUGUGCACCAUUGUCUCGUUUCGCUCUGCCAACCUGGUGGCUGCGACGCUGGGCGCCAUCCUGAACCGCCUCCGAGAUAACAAGGGCACCCCCAGGCUGCGGACCACGGUUGGUGUCGACGGGUCUCUUUACAAGACGCACCCACAGUAUUCUCGGCGUUUCCACAAGACUCUGAGGCGCUUGGUGCCCGACUGCGACGUGCGUUUCCUCCUCUCGGAGAGUGGCAGCGGCAAGGGGGCCGCUAUGGUGACCGCAGUGGCCUACCGCCUGGCUGAGCAGCACCGGCAGAUCCAGGAGACCUUGGCCCACUUCCAUCUCACCAAGGACAUGCUGCUGGAGGUGAAAAAGAGGAUGCGGGCCGAGAUGGAAUUGGGGCUGAGGAAGCAGACGCAUGACAAGGCUGUAGUCAAGAUGCUGCCCUCCUUUGUCCGGAGCACUCCAGACGGGACUGAGCAUGGUGACUUCUUGGCCCUGGAUCUUGGAGGAACGAAUUUCCGUGUCCUGCUGGUGAAAAUUCGUAGUGGGAAAAAGAGAACGGUGGAAAUGCACAACAAGAUCUACGCCAUUCCCACUGAAAUCAUGCAGGGCACUGGGGAAGAGCUGUUUGACCACAUCGUUUCCUGCAUCUCUGACUUCCUGGACUACAUGGGCAUCAAGGGCCCCAGAAUGCCUCUGGGCUUCACGUUCUCGUUUCCCUGCAAGCAGACGAGCUUGGAUGCGGGAAUCUUGAUCACCUGGACGAAAGGUUUUAAGGCAACUGACUGUGUGGGACACGAUGUAGCCACCUUACUGAGGGAUGCGGUCAAAAGGAGAGAGCAUACCCCUAUCCAUGGAAUCCCAGGCCUAGUUGCUAAGCCUGGCCAGUCACCCCCCGCCUCAUGUAUUUCAGGGACCGGCAGCAAUGCCUGCUACAUGGAAGAAAUGAAGAACGUCGAGACGCUAGAAGGGAACGAGGGACGAAUGUGCAUCAACAUGGAGUGGGGUGCCUUUGGGGACAACGGGUGUCUGGAUGAUAUCAGAACAAUCUAUGACAAACUGGUGGAUGAAUAUUCUCUUAAUGUUGGGAAACAAAGGUACGAGAAGAUGAUCAGUGGUAUGUACCUGGGUGAAAUCGUCCGCAACAUCUUAAUUGACUUCACCAAGAAGGGAUUCCUCUUCCGAGGGCAGAUCUCUGAGCCGCUGAAAACUCGGGGCAUCUUUCAGACCAAGUAUCUAUCUCAGAUUGAGAGCGACCGGUUAGCGCUGCUGCAGGUCCGGGCCAUCCUCCAGCAGCUGGGGCUGAACAGCACCUGCGACGACAGUAUCCUCGUGAAGACCGUGUGUGGGGUGGUGUCCAGGAGGGCCGCGCAGCUGUGUGGCGCGGGCAUGGCCGCCGUGGUGGACAAGAUCCGCGAGAACAGAGGGCUGGACCACCUCAACGUGACCGUGGGGGUGGACGGAACGCUCUACAAACUUCAUCCGCACUUCUCCAGAAUCAUGCACCAAACCGUAAAGGAACUGUCACCAAAGUGUAAUGUGUCCUUCCUCUUAUCCGAAGAUGGGAGCGGCAAGGGAGCCGCCCUCAUCACGGCAGUGGGUGUUCGGCUCCGGGACGAAACGAGCAGCUAAGAGUCCUGGCCCCCGGAGCCUGCUGCCCUUCCAGCACUUCUCUCUUCAAGCAGCGACCCCCUGUUCUGCCCAGUGAGCUGUGCCGGGAGACGCCGGCGACAGGGCCCGCACCACCGCCGCGGGGAGGAAGACAAAAGCCAACUAAUGGCGCAUAACGUAGGGUAAAAAUAGAGUGUGUGCUGUUGAUAAUCUCUCUCACCUCCGGAUCCCUCCUCGCCUGCCCCACCACUUUGCAUGAUUUGAUUUCAACCUGGUCGUACGUUCCCCAUGUGUAAAGUUUAGUGGCGUUUGUUUCUAAUUUAUGCAUUAUGUCCAACAGUUAUUUAUUGGCCCGAGAUGAAAAGUCACAUCCUCUGACAGGCCUUAUGGGCCUUCACAGCCUGUCCUUGGGGAUGUGUCCCCUGUGUGAAAUGUAUUAUCACCAGCAGACACUGCCGGGACUCCUCCUCCCACGGGUGCAUUAGCGCCGCUUCCUCCCGGCCCAGCGCCCACUGCUGUCCAGUGUCCCGAGGUUCCCAUCAGGGUGUGUCAGUGCCACUGAAUUGUGUGUCCGUGGAGCUGGUCAUAGCCACAUCGUGACAGUCUUGCAUUCUGUCUGUCUUGUGGGGAGGUGGGCAGUCCUGUGGGAAAGUGUCUUGUCUCCAUUCGGGUAAAAGAAACCAAUCAAGAAACAGUAUGCUCAUUGGAAUUUCCCAUCGCUUUUGUGAGCCAUGUUGUAUGACCUAGUAAACUUUGUACCAAUUCAAA